GAGUGUGCCGGCGCGCGGGGGAGCCUCAGCGCGGGGCGCGUCCGGGAGCCCAAGUCGCGGACGCCGCGCGGAGCCAGUCCCUCCCCUGCCCAGAGCAGCCCGCACGGGCUGUCCCGAGCCGCAACACCCGGGCGUCCCGGCCUUCCAUCUAGGACAGCGGCGACCGGGAGACUCGGUUGCGAGCGCUGCGGGAGGGAUGGUGGCGACCGGGCGCGGGCCAGCGCAGCCGCCCCUUCCUCCCGCUCGGCUGCGGGCGACUUGAGUCCGAACUGCGAGCGGGGCAUGAGGCUGCGGCCCCUGGCCUUAGGCCUCCGCGCCGCGGCCCCCGCCACGCGACCCUGCGGAGUUUGUCGCCCGCGCCGCCGCUGAGGCCGGGCGCCCCACCAUGCCGUGGGCCCCGGCGCCCCUGUACGCCUGCCUCCUCGGGCUUUGCGCGCUGGUGCCGCCGCUCCCAGGGCUCAACAUUUGCACCAGUGGAAGUGCCACCUCGUGUGAAGAAUGUCUGCUAAUCCACCCAAAAUGUGCCUGGUGCUCCAAAGAGGACUUUGGCAGCCCACGGUCAGUCACCUCCCGGUGUGACUUGAGGGCAAAUCUCAUCCGAAAUGGCUGCGGAGGUGAGAUCGAGAGCCCGGCCAGCAGCGCCCGUGUCCUGCGGAACCUGCCUCUCAGCAGCGAGGGCUCCAGUGCUGCGGGCUCUGAUGUCAUUCAGAUGGCGCCCCAGGAGAUUGCCGUGAGCCUCCGGCCUGGUGACCAGACCACCUUCCAGCUGCAGGUUCGCCAGGUGGAGGACUAUCCUGUGGACUUGUACUACCUGAUGGACCUCUCCCUGUCCAUGAAGGAUGAUUUGGACAACAUCCGAAGCCUGGGCACCAAGCUCGCUGAGGAGAUGAGAAAACUCACCAGCAACUUCCGGUUGGGCUUUGGGUCUUUUGUUGACAAGGACAUCUCUCCUUUCUCCUACACGGCACCCAGAUACCAGACCAAUCCAUGCAUUGGUUACAAAUUAUUUCCAAACUGCGUCCCCUCCUUUGGGUUCCGCCAUCUGCUGCCUCUCACUGACAGAGUCGACAGCUUCAAUGAGGAAGUUCGGAAGCAGAGGGUGUCCCGCAACCGAGAUGCCCCCGAGGGAGGCUUUGACGCAGUCCUCCAGGCAGCUGUCUGCAAGGAGAAAAUCGGCUGGCGAAAGGAUGCCCUUCACUUGCUGGUGUUCACAACGGACGACGUGCCCCACAUCGCGCUGGAUGGAAAACUGGGGGGCCUGGUGCAGCCACAUGAUGGCCAGUGUCAUCUGAACGAGGCCAACGAGUACACUGCAUCCAACCAGAUGGACUAUCCGUCCCUUGCCUUGCUUGGAGAGAAGCUGGCAGAGAACAACAUCAACCUCAUUUUUGCAGUGACGAAAAACCACUAUAUGCUCUACAAGAAUUUUACAGCCCUGAUACCUGGGACCACAGUGGAGAUUUUACACGGAGAUUCCAAGAACAUCAUCCAGCUGAUUAUCAAUGCAUACAAUAGUAUCCGGUCUAAGGUGGAGCUGUCGGUCUGGGAUCAGCCUGAGGAUCUCAGUCUCUUCUUCACUGCCACCUGCCAAGAUGGCGUAUCCUACCCAGGUCAGAGGAAGUGUGAAGAUCUGAAGAUUGGGGACACGGCGUCCUUUGAGGUGUCAGUGGAGGCACGGAGCUGCCCCAGCAGACCCGUGGAGCACGCGUUCACCCUGCGGCCUGUGGGGUUCCGGGACAGCCUGCAGGUGAGGGUCACCUACAACUGCACCUGUGGCUGCAGUGUGGGGCUGGAGCCGGACAGCGCCAGAUGCAGCGGGAACGGGACCUACAUCUGCGGCCUCUGCGAGUGCAACCCCAGCUACCUGGGCACCAGGUGCGAGUGCCAGGAGGGAGAAAACCAGAGCGUGUACCAGAACCUGUGCCGGGAGGCAGAGGGCAAGCCGCUGUGCAGCGGGCGUGGCGAGUGCAGCUGCAACCAGUGCUCCUGCUUCGAGAGCGAGUUCGGGAAGAUCUAUGGGCCUUUCUGCGAGUGUGACAACUUCUCCUGUGCCAGGAACAAGGGCGUCCUCUGCUCAGUCAAAGUGAUUGCUUCAAAACAAAAAUCUGCUCGGCACCUUUUAGAAACUGUGAAGGCUUGGAAAUCUCCAGAACCUGGGAUGCUUGGAGAAACAGGGGAGUUGGAGAGACUCAGAGGCCAUGGUGAGUGUCACUGCGGAGAAUGCAAGUGCCAUGCAGGUUACAUUGGGGACAAUUGUAACUGCUCAACAGACAUCAGCACGUGCCAGGCCAAGGAUGGGCAGAUCUGUAGCAACCGUGGGAACUGCAUCUGUGGGCAAUGCCAGUGCACAGAGCCCGGAGCCUUUGGGGAGACAUGUGAGAAGUGUCCAACCUGCCCAGACGCUUGCAGCACCAAGAGAGAUUGCGUUGAGUGCUUGCUGCUUCACUCAGGGAAACCUGACAAUCAGACCUGUCAGCACCUGUGCAAGGAUGAGGUGAUCACGUGGGUGGACACCAUCGUCAAAGAUGACCAGGAGGCUGUGCUUUGCUUCUAUAAAACUGCCAAGGACUGCAUCAUGACGUUCAGCUACGCAGACCUGCCCAGUGGGAAGACCAACCUGACGGUGCUGAGGGAGCCAGAGUGUGGGACUGCCCCCAACGCCAUGACCAUUUUGCUGGCCGUGGUCGGCAGCAUCCUCCUGAUUGGGAUUGCACUCCUGGCCAUCUGGAAGCUGCUUGUCACCAUCCAUGACCGAAGAGAAUUUGCCAAGUUCCAAAGUGAACGCUCCAGGGCACGCUAUGAGAUGGCUUCAAACCCCCUCUACAGAAAGCCCAUCUCCACUCACACUGUGGAUUUUACCUUCAACAAGUUCAACAAAUCCUACAACGGCACCGUAGACUGACAGCGCCCCCUCCCAGAGAGGUACAGAGGGACUAACAAAAAAGACUGCCAGACCUGGACAGCUGCUCACGUGAUCACGGCUCCCUAGAUAGGCAAGCACAGAGAAGCCCUUCCGGCCAGCCUGGGCAAGGAGCCCACCACCUGCCCAGGAGGGCGCCUGGCCAUGCCACCUGGCUGCUGGGCCAGAGCCACGCAAGGCCACCUCCCCUCCAAGCCUGGAAAAACAAGAGGACUUGGCGCUCCUGGCUUUCUCCGCCAUGUCCAGCGUCUUGUCCUGAUGAACUGCUGGGAUGCUGGGCUGCUUCUGCCUCCCUCGCUGGCCAGAGAGAAGGCUACCGGGAAGGGCCAGAGUGUACAAAGCCAACCUGUGGCCUGAAUUUUUUUUCCCGUUGGUCAUUUUUAUAUGUAAUAAAAAGAUCAUGCAUUUAUGGCGUAGUUCUGAGGGCUGGGAAUCCUCCGCCUGGUGUCGUGCCCUGCACAUGGGUAUUGGUGAUGGAUUGUUAGGUGCCUGUUGAAGGUACAUAGUUUGCGAACGUCUGUUUUCCUCUCCUGUCUGUGUUUGUUUAGUACUUUUGUAAUGAAAUGGAAAAAGAUUGUCUGCAAUUGAAAGUAAAGAUUCAAACAAAA